AUGUCAGAAGAAGUGAAAUCAGUGUUAUUGAUUGGUGGUGCAGGUUUUCUAGGUCUGCAUUUAAUUCAACAAUUUUAUGAUAUGGCUAGUAAGCCUCAGAUUUGUGUAUUUGAUGUUAGACCAUUACCAGAGAAGUUAUCUAAACAAUUUACAUUUGAUCCCGAAGCUAUUAAAUUCUUCAAAGGUGACUUAACUUCCGAAGAUAGUGUUACAGAAGCUAUUAAAUUAACAAAUGCUAAUGUUGUAGUUCAUGCUGCUUCUCCAAUUCACGGUGGUGAGGCCAGUAUUUAUGAGCUAGUAAAUGUAAGGGGUACUAGAAACAUCCUAGAUGUAUGUAAAAAAACAGGUGUUACCACUUUUGUAUACACUUCUUCCGCUGGUGUUAUCUUUAAUGGUCAAGAUGUCCAUAACGCCGAUGAGACAUGGCCAAUUCCUGAAGUUCCAAUGGAUGCCUAUAAUGAGACUAAGGCAAUCGCGGAAGAUAUGGUUUUGAAAGCUAAUGAUCCAGCCAAUGGGUUUUACACAGUCGCCUUACGUCCUGCUGGUAUCUUUGGUCCAGGUGACAGACAAUUGGUUCCUGGUUUAAGAACUGUGGCUAAGUUAGGACAAUCAAAAUUCCAAAUUGGUGACAACAACAAUCUGUUUGAUUGGACAUACGCAGGUAACGUUGCGGAUGCUCAUGUUUUGGCAGCAGAAAAAUUGCUGAACCCUCAGACUCGUGAUAAUGUCGCCGGUGAGACUUUUUUUAUUACUAAUGAUACACCAUCCUAUUUCUGGGCUCUAGCUCGUACCGUUUGGAAAGCAGACAAUCAUAUCGAUAAGCGUGUUAUAGUGUUAAAGAGACCUGUUGCUAUUCUAGCUGGUUACCUUUCUGAAUUUUUCUCUAAAUUAUUAGGAAAAGAACCUGGUUUAACACCAUUCCGUGUCAAGAUCGUAUGUGCCUACCGUUAUCACAAUAUUAGUAAAGCUAAGAAAUAUCUAGGUUACAAGCCAAGAGUCGAUAUCGAGCAAGGUAUUAUGAAUACUUUGGCUUGGAUGGAUGAAGGUUUAGAAUGA